UUCCCAGUCGCCCAGCAGUUGCCAUUCAGAGCGACACCAGCAAGCAGAAAGAUUGUCAUGUUUGCUCUGGUUAUAUCACAAAGCACGUAAAUCAGUAAACUGUGCAAACAUUUUGGAGCUGGACCAAUUUUAAGAGCAGCGUAGACCAGACGUGAAAACAGGGGUGCUAGAGAAGCACCUGUAGUAUCCAUAAUGAGCAAUUGUCAGAAUUGGAGAAAAAGAGUUGCUGGAUAUAUAUGAAACAAGGCAGUGCCAGGUUUUUUAUCCUUAACUGGCAAGAAUUCUGGUACCAAACAGUCUGUUUCUGACCUUAUUUUCAAUAUUUGCUCCUGGUGUGAACAUGCAUUAUAUUCCUAACCAGCAGCAGCGAGCAGUCGACCAUUCACUUAGCGAAUUUGUACUCAUAGCCAGGGGGCGGUAAUAAUGGAGGACAUAUAAUUGGAUCACAGAGGUUUGGAAAGUGGAUAGAAAAGAAUUGAAAAAUUGAAGAGCCAAGCAGGCGGUGAGCAAUUUGUUUGACUACAUUCACAACUGAUCUCAAAACAGCACAUCACGUAGAGAAAGAAAGUGGAUUGAAAUUAUUCAUAUAUCUGGCAACAGCUACGCCAGCAUUUGGCUGCAAGUGCUGCAUGCAUGCAUAGCAUACUGUACCUGAUCCAGAGAGUGCAUGAUUAGACAGACAUAUUUGAUGGAAGCACAAAGGCGGAAAAGCUAGGAUACUUAAGCUUUAAAAAAUUCAAGUCAGCUACUUUCGGUUUAUCAAGUGCAACAGCAGGCAAUACAAACUGACUGUGGAAGCACAUAUAUGCAUGUGAGUAGCAGUGUGACUAGAGUACCUUUCAACACAAUACAUGCAAGAACGGAUCCAAUACAACAACUGUGCACAUUUCAAUGUUGAACAACAUGAACCUGGUGUCUUUGAGCAUGACACGUGAAGGCACAUGUAGUAUUUGGCCACUGUGCGUGACGGCGUGACAUUUCAUCUCGAUUCACAAAGGGAGGUGACCCCUAGUUAGUGAUUGACACUUUGGGGGUGGCUGAAUUCUGUGGUCAGUCCUUUUUACAAUAACAGUGGUCAAGGGGAAUUUCUUGCAUUUCUUUCAAGUAGCCAAGACAUUUGUGACAUAUAUCUCACUGGUUGACAAACCUCCAACCUUGCAAAGAAAGCGGUCAAGGAGCUUAGCCAGUACUUAUGACCCCUGAGCAGCCAUAUCACCUCCAGUAGGCAGUGGUCAAGGGGUAUUUCAAGGUAGGACAAGUGGACAGUCCUCAGGCCUUGUAUAAUUAUUCUUAAAGUACAGGUUAAGGAGGGAUAACUGACCACUCCAGUGGCCAAAGCCGAGUGGUCAUCAAGACACUGGACGUAGCAACUGGAGACAAACUUUAGGGAAGGCCGUCCAUCACUGACCACUGGACUUACAGGUGUAAUUAAUUAUCACCUGUUUUAUGCACUAUUUAUCAGAUACCUGUAUGUUAGGACCAGCCCAUUAACACUGGCCAUAUCUUGACCAACAGGGGUGGACUGGUGCUGGACAUUUCUGAUCGACAAGACACUGGUAUCACAUGAGAAAUUGUUUUUAGCUGACUUUGAACAGUGAUGAGUCUAAAUUGAUCAUUUUUUAGGAAAGAUAGCAAAAACAUUUCUUGUGGCCAGGUAUUGAAAAAAUAUCUUCUUGUAAUUGAAAGAGGAUAAGAAAAAUCAUAUUUGUACAAUACUGAUUUAAGUAUAAAACAUUAUACUUUUAACUGAGGACUUAAACAUUGAUACUAUCCAGUGAGGAGAGCAAGGUAAACCCUGUCAUUCACAUCAUACUGUACUACAAGGCUGAGUUUCAGUGCCAGCUAUGCUUACAAAUUGAAGGGAGAAGGAAUUAAAGCAGCUGUUAGUCACUGCCUGAAAAUACUUGUACAAGGAAAUACAGGAAUAUAAAGCAGAGGGAGGGAGUUAAAAUGGUCCCAAUAUGGCCGCCAGUACUCUCUAAACUGAUCAUGCUGGUGCUAGUGUGUGUCCUGUAUGUCUGUAGUGCAGUACUGGGACAGAGUCUGGUGGUGGAGGCAGGAAAUGAUGUUUAUCCAUUCACAGACUUUCCAACAUCAACGACAAAACCACCACCAAAAUUAAUAACAUGUUGGACGUGCCCCAAUAAAAGCAACAAUGAAGAGUGCAACAACUGGGCCCCAGACAAAUUCUGUUUACAAAACUUCACAGUAUGCAAGACAGUCCACAGAGUUAAUACACUAACAGGGAGAAGUAUAGCUGUGAAUAAAAUGUGUGCUAAACCUGCAGAGUGUAAUAAAAGUACCAUAGGUUGUAGGCCCACAGAAAUACCUUAUGUACAGGACUGUAUUUCAUGCUGUGACCAGCCUUACUGCAAUGAACAUGCUCCAUCUAACUCAUCAACAGCAAUACUCUACUCAAGGCUGGGAAAUCCAGCAUCAAGGACUGUCCUUGAUACUAGGUGGUUAAUACCUGUUGCUAUGACAACCGUUUUACUAAUUCCAAGUUGGAGGAGGUAGCAUUUGUUUCCAUUAUGAGAUGCUAUCAUCACUAGCCAAAGGAAAAGUGUAAUAUGUUUUUGCUCCAUAUUGACUAUGCGGCAAGCAGUACUGGAUGCUGACUGUCUUGCAUAUCUAGUGUUGUCUUGGCAACCUAGCAUUGUCAUAGCAACCAACGUAAACAACCUCAGGGAUUUUGCAAUAAACAGGACAUGGACCUGUGUACAGUAUUGAAUGUUGUUCUGGUACCAGAUGGAUGGCUAUCAGUGAUCAACAGAGCUGGACUAGCUGGCACUAAUGAUGUGUGGACUGGAUCUCCACAGUUUUCAACUUGUUUGGAAUUGUUUGUGUGUAAAGAACCAAAUGAUUGGUCUGAAACACAUUUGGGUUCAUAUAAGGGGUGGAGUGAUCUGAUGUAUAGAUUGUACAUGGACAGAAGGAUGGACACAUAUUGUGUUAGGUGUGCCGCCAUUGUUACCACUUUAGCACAUCCGGCAUGCUCAACUACUACAAUUCCUUCAAACAGCAAACUGAAACUUUUGACUGGAUGUUGUGUUUGUGUACAUAUUUAUUUAUAUAUAUAUAGCAGGGUUUUUUUUCUCAAGAUUAGCCAAACACUGUACAUGAAAGGUGCUAUCUAAGUUACAUGAAUGAACCACACAAACACAAAAGGAAUGCUUAAGUGAAGAGGAGAUUUGGAUAUUUUAAAUCGAGGGCAUCCUUGGUGGAUUUUCAUGAUGU